AAAUCCCUGUCUUGACUGCACUCCGUUUCCCCAGCCCCAAAGCCUCAGAUACUGAACGCACGAGGGACUUCGGACAUGGGCUCAUCUGUGCGCCGCGGGGUGGUACAGCGGCCGCCGCUGCCACUUUUAGGACGCCUGCUCUUUUGCUGCAGCCUCUUCUUCUCAGGACUGGCCCAAGAACGCCCGGCUACUUGCCGUUGUUUGGGAAAACGAUUGGAUUGCAGCCGCCUCAAACUGAGAGAAGUCCCCGCGCUGUUUCCCACCAGGACGGUGCAGCUUGAUCUAAGCCACAAUAGAUUGUCUUCAAUCAACUCUAGUUCUUUGAGUCAUCUUUAUAAUCUGCGAGAAAUAAAACUGAACAACAAUGAAUUGGAAGCUAUUCCAAAUCUGGGACCUACUUCAGUAAACAUUACUUUCCUUUCUCUGAUAAAUAACAAGAUCAUGAACAUUCUGCCUGAAGAACUGAAACUAUUUCAAUCCCUCGAAACUUUAGAUCUCAGUAACAACAAUAUUUCUGUGCUUGAGAUGGGGUCAUUUCCUCCACUGGUGCUCAAAAACCUCCACAUUAGCAACAAUCGGAUAGUUUCACUGGAUCCAGGCAUUUUUGACAACUUGGCUAACACACUUCAAGUCUUGAAGUUGAACAAGAACCGCAUUUCAACCAUUACACAGAAAAUGUUUAAACUUCCCCAUCUCCAACAUCUAGAGAUGAGCCGUAACAGAAUUAAAAAAAUAGACGGACUUACUUUUCAAGGACUGCCUUCUUUGAAAUCAUUAAAAAUACAGAAAAAUGGGCUUGUUUGGCUCAUGGAUGGAGCUUUUUGGGGAUUAAGUAACAUGGAAAUUCUGCAGCUGGAUCAUAACAACCUAACAGAGAUUUCCAAAGGCUGGCUUUAUGGCUUGUUGAUGUUACAGCAGCUUCAUCUUAGCCAAAAUGCAAUCAGCAGGAUCAGACCUGAUGCCUGGGAGUUUUGCCAAAAACUCAGUGAGCUUGAUUUAAAGUAUAAUAAUUUAGCAAAACUAGAAGAUUCAAGCUUUGUUGGUUUAAGCCUACUGGUAAGGCUGGAUAUUGGGAACAACAAAGUCAGCGACAUUGCAGAUUGCGCGUUCCAGGGACUAUCCAGUUUACAAAUUCUAGACCUUAAAAAUAAUGAAAUCUCAUGGACAAUUGAAGAUAUGAAUGGUGCUUUCUCUGGACUUGACAAACUUAGAUGGCUAGAUCUAAGUAAUAAUGCAAUAAUGUCAAUUCAAGGAAACACAUUUUUACAAAUGAAGAAUCUUAAAGAAUUAUAUAUAAACACAUCAAGCCUUUUGUGCGAUUGCCAGCUGAAAUGGCUACCUGAGUGGCUAAUAGAGAAUAAAUUCCAGACUUUUGUAAAUGCCACAUGUGCUCAUCCUCAGGCAUUAAAAGGAAGAGAUGUUUUUUCUGUCAGCCUAGAAGGUUUUGUAUGUGAUGAUUUUCCCAAGCCACAGAUAACUGUCCAACCUGAAACUCAGUCAGCAGUCAAAGGCUCCAAUUUAAGUUUUAUUUGUUCAGCAGCCAGUAGCAGUGAUUCCCAGAUGACUUUUGCAUGGAAAAAGGAUAAUGAAUUAAUAGGUGAUGCUGAAAUGGAGAAUUAUGCCCACCUUAGGGCACACAGUGGUGAAGUGAUGGAGUACACCACCAUCCUUAGGCUGCACAAUGUUGAAUUCAGUAAUGAAGGAAAAUACCAGUGUGUUAUAUCCAAUCACUUUGGCUCAUCGUACUCUGUCAAGGCAAAACUUACAGUGAACAUGUUUCCAUUGUUUACCAAGAUGCCCAUGGAUCUUACAAUCCGCACUGGGGCAACAGCACGGCUAGAGUGUGCUGCUGUUGGUCAUCCCAUGCCCCAGAUUGCUUGGCAGAAGGAUGGUGGUACUGACUUCCCUGCAGCCCGCAAGAGACGCAUGCAUGUGAUGCCUGAGGAUGAUGUCUUUUUUAUUGUGGAUGUCAAAAUUGAGGAUACAGGUGUUUACAGCUGCACAGCUAAGAAUACUGCAGGAAGUAUUUCUGCAAAUGCGACAUUAACAGUAUUAGAAACACCCUCCUUUUUGAGACCGUUGCUGGAUCGAACUGUGAUGAAAGGUGAAACAGCAGUCUUGCAGUGUAUUGCUGGGGGCAGCCCAUCUCCUUGGUUGAAUUGGACCAAAGAUGAUCGCACAUUAGCAGUGACAGAAAGGCAUUUCUUUGCUGCGGGAAAUCAGUUGCUUAUUAUUGUAGACACAGACUUUGAAGAUGCUGGGAAAUAUACAUGUGAAAUGUCUAACACACUUGGAACCGAGAGAGGCAAUAUUCUCCUAAGUGUGAUUCCUACUCCUACCUGUGAUUCUCCUCAAAAUGCUGCCCUGUCUCUCGAUGAUGAUGGAUGGGCUACUGUGGGAGUAGUGAUCAUAGCUGUGGUGUGCUGUGUGGUUGCCACUUCCCUUGUGUGGGUGGUCAUCAUAUACCACACAAGAAGGAGAAACGAAGAUUGCAGUGUCACAAACACAGAUGAGACAAACUUACCUGCAGAUAUUCCAAGCUAUCUGUCAUCCCAAGGAACUUUAGCUGAAAAACAAGAUGGAUAUGGGUCAUCAGAGAAUGGAAGCCAGCAUCGCUUUGUACAAUCAUCUCCCAUGGGUGGAUAUUUCUUUCAACAGAGAGAAAGCAACGGAUGUUGUCAUACGGAUAGUUGUAGUGAAAAUGACUUGGAAGCUGUAAUGGAUCCAUUCUUUUGCCAUUAUCUGGGAACUUCAGGAAGCCUGCAUUUAAAAGAAAAUUUAUGUAGCGCAGAAAUGUUUGAAACAUACCAUACAGGUAAUUUAUAUUAUAUACGUGUUUUAUUAUUUCCAUCAAGCUGCUUGAAGAAAAAAGACUGCUACCCAUAUAUCCACUCACCUGGAGAUCUUUUUGACCGAUACCUCUGUAUCUCUAGAAUACACAUGCCAAGUAAUCAGUUGAUUCCUUUUAUUUAUCCCCCAAAUGAAGAGAAUGGAAUAAGAAGCUCACAUCUAAAUGUAGACACAUGUCAAUUUAAGAGAAGUCAAGAACUAUCUUCUGUUACACCAAGCACCACUUUCGUGGGAACAUUUGGAAAACCUAUAUGGAAGCCUCAGAUUGAUUCUUUGCCAAGCUAUAAGCAGUCCUCAGUUUUGCAGCCAAAAGCCUCCCAACAUUAUUCUAAGGAAUCAUUGGAUUUUGACUUGGAGUUUGAAGGUUGUAAUAAAAUGGGUAGGACCUUUCCUGAAGUGGACAAUUGCAAUUUUAUUUGUGGGCAAUCAACUGAAAACUAUAGGACUUCUAUUUUUCAAUCUUUUGACUUAGAUACAUAGUUUGCCAUCAGUGCCAGCCCAAAAUCAGCUCAUGAACCAAGAACUCUACUACCUCAAAGUGAACAUUAUUUAAAAAGAAACUUCUUGUACUUUAAAAGAGAUUUAUGAUUUUUAUACAGAUGCAGUUUUAUUUGCAAAAUGUAUUAUAUCAGGAAGAUUAUACAUACCUUGUAUUUCUGAUGUGUAUAGUUUUGUUUAACCAAACUGUAUUUUUGUAAAUUAAUGGUGUCAAUAAUAACUAUGCAUUUGUUACUGACACAGACUUCAUUUUAUUCAAAUAGAUGUUUUAAACUAAUACCAAUUCAUAUGCUUUUGUGUGAUUUAAGAAGCUGUUCAAAAUUAUGGAUGGUUAACAGAUUAAUACCUGACAAUGUUUAUUAUUUUUGUUGAUUUCUGCAUUAAAUAGCACUGAUAACAAACACAUAGAGGCAAGAUCAUAUUCAGGGGAAGGAGGAAGCUGCAUCUUUUUUGCAAGUUUCACCUGUACUGUGGUGAACAUUGCCCAUGUCAGAAAAGAUGUUUUGCAAAGAUGUUUUGCAUAUAUGCAAAAAUGCACUUGAAAACUUCUUAUUGCCCAUAGACAUUCCAGUUCUAGUUAGUAUGUAUUGUCAGUAUCAAAUUGAAUUAAUAGCAAUUCCAAAUUAUACUUUAUCCAUUCCAGUAAUUCAAAUUGCAUUUCUAGGUUAUCUUUUAAUAGAUGAAAAUCCUGGUCACAUUUAGCUUUGUUUUGGCCCUGCUUGUCCCGAGUCUGCCUAUCUUUAGGAGUAAUGUACUCUUGUUUUUCACAAGCCACUUAAAUACUGCAUUCAGUACAACCCAGUGUUGACUUUGUAAGUUUGAUCAUUAACAAGAAAUAUGGGGAAAACAUCCAUUUGAGAUCUUGUACUGACCACCUGAUACCCCUAGAUUGUUGUAACUAGUAAAAGAAGACUUCUGGGCUGGUCCAUAUUCCUAUACAUCCUUAUCCUAAAAUAGUUUAUUUCAGUUGCACAUACCUGUGAAGAUGUAUGUAUGAAUUGUGCUGUACAGAUGGAAAUGUUGGAUUAUGAAAUAUAAGGCAGCAUCUGAUGUUAGGGAAGCCAUGCACUCUUAAGAAUUUAAUGUGUGAUAUGAGGGAGAAUAUCUCUCUCUGAAAAGGACAAUUGCUGGAAAGAUAGCUGCUGCAUUUUGCAGAAAUUGUGGGUGAGUAUUUAUAUUUUUUUAAAAAAAAACAUGAUAUAGCCAUUUGAAUUAAAACUUCAAAUGGCGAUUAGAGAG